UCUUGUUUUUCUUUCCAACAAAGAAGGCAUGGCAGAGAGACCCAACCGGCCACAGCCAUUUCCGCCGGGCCAAGCCAUCCCUAACCCCUCCGCGUCCUCCAAUCCCAACUCGGCAGCAGCCCCUGCUCCAAACUCCAGCAUCUAUUCCACCGCUUCCACUUAAACCUCAACUCCUCCCGUCUCGGACCCAACCAAAGUCCCCACCAGGAUCGGCAACUCCAGACGUAGGAGUUUCUCAGCCUCCAUCGCUACCGCAAAAAUCAUCUCAAUCUCGACCGGGUUCAGUCCCCGACGACAGCCAGGAAAGCGUCUCAGCCCUCACGGCCAACUCAAUUACGGCCAAAACAACAACUUGGAAUUCAAAGGACUUCUAGACCUCCAUCACCAGCCCAAGGUGCUUCUCAGGCACAACCAGUAGCAACUCAGGUGGAAACUCAGCUCCUAUCUCAACCUCUGCCUCCCUCCUCACCACCUAAAUCGCCAAUUCGAAGUACUUCACCAUCAAACCAGCCACAUGAAUCUCCGAAUUUAGUACGACCCAAGUCACCUGCACAAUUGCAGCUACAAACUCUUUCUCAGACACAAGAAAUGAAUCCAAUCCAACCAGCUUCGAAGCCGACAGAUAUUCAGCCAGCACAAGAUCUAGAGUCCAAACCAAAGCCUGUUAGUUCUCAACGAAAACUAGACAAGCAGGGUGGCCAACUCCUCGAGUCGGGAGAAAAUUCUAAACCGGAUUCAAAAGAGCAGCCUAAAGCAAAAGCAGAAGGGAACCAUGAGAUAAAUCCGAGCAAAAAUCAAGAACCAGAUAAAAUUAUCGAAGGAUUUAACGAAGACGAGUCCAAAACACAGCCAGAAAUACAGCCCCAGAAACCCCAAACUGAAGCAAGGGACGAGCUGAAGAAAAGAAACGAAGCCAAGCCAUCCAGUACUCCUCUGAAAGCCGGCGAAAUCAGAGCGGAACUUAGAAUCUCAAAACCUGAGCAUUCUAAGAAGCAAGAUAACGUAGCCAGAAAGGAGACAGCACAAAAUGGUUCCAGCGGAAAAGAGAGUAAGAUUGCCAUCUCCACCAUGCCAUGGGCUUCAUUCUCCGAUGGUGAGCGAGCUCCGUUUGAAAAGGAGACCAAGGAGGGCCUUUCUAGACUGGUCCUGAAGCUGGACGUUGGGCACUUAGAGAGGAUAGGGAAUGGACAACCAGUGAGUAUGAUAACCUUAGCUGGUGAAAACAACGGAGCUUCCAUGGUUAUAGGCUCCGACACCCAAGUUCCGAGGGGCAAUAUUGAGGCAAGCUGGAAUAAUGCUGAAGAGAGGUGGAAACAUAGAUGUACCGAAGACCCAGCACUUACUGCCAACGUAAAUAGCAAUGCGCAAAGCAUCAACAACUCGGCCCUGCACCGUAGUUCCUGCAACGCAAGAGACCCUGGGGUUCACCUGAACCUAUCAAGCAAGAAGGUGGAGGCCGCAAGCCCAAGGGGACAAACAGAGCCACUUAAACCAGAGAAGACUGCCCCUCGCGUAACCCCAGACCAGAGACCGUCCCACGAGCCCAGAGUCAGGAGACGGUGCCUUCGAGGACUCUUUAUGGAAUCCAGCGAGAGCGAUCCGGAGAACCCCCAGAAGCCACAGCGGCAUGGAUGCCGUUUUUGCUGCGAGGAGAAAAAGAAGGGAAAGGCUGAUACUGAUGCCACUUCCACACCUAACAGCAAUGCAAGGGCAAGGCAAGCGGAGGAAGGUACAAGUAGAGCGUGAAACCAGCAUUCGCAGUUGCGCAAACAACAAUGACAUGGGCUGCAGCUACUACAGCAGCAAUCCUCUUUUAUUUUUUCUUGAGAACUGCUGGCUAAAAUGAUCAGUUUUUAGUCUGUUUCAGCAAUGUUUCCUUCCAUCCGGGAUAAAAUUAUGUUUGAUGACUGUAAUAAUAUGAAUGUGUCUGUAGUUUCUAAACAUUGUAAGCACUCUCAAUUUAAGA